AUGCCGUAUCGUUCAGCAAACACGAAAGAGGAGAAGAAGAACAAAACCAUGGCAGAAGAGAAAGAUUGUAGCAAAAGUUCCAACCUCUCUUCGCCCAUGGCGGAAACCCCUAUCAGGCCAGUCGUUUGUCUCAAAAGGAAAGAAGAUAUCAAGCUUUAUGAAGAAACCGAGGAAUGCUUCAUCUUGGAUUUUGACCCAUUUGAAGUUAUUGACUUUUCAAAGCUUUCACUGGACAACAUGAAUAAUGAUGAUGAUACCUCUGAUAUAUCCAUUGUUGCUGAAAAGGGUCAGGUGGCUUGUAGAGAUUAUCCGCAUGCAAGACAUUUAUGUGUUAAAUUUCCCUUUAGUACUACACCUCAUGAGAGUUCUUGUGAAAAGUGUUACUGCUAUGUAUGUGAUUCAGUUGCUCCAUGUAAGUAUUGGACCCGGGCUUCCGAUAAGUCAGAUUCACCUCCACACUGUGAUGCUAAUAGCGAUUGGGAGGAGGAGAGGAGCGAGUAUAAACGUUUGACUGAAGAAAAGGCUGACUAA